AUAUUUUAACCCCAGAAAAAAAAAAAAACUACUCACCCACUAGUUCUCUCUCAAAAUCCCAAUUUCCCACGUCAAAUUUCUUGAUUCGAAAGACGAAGAAGGUGAAGUCGACGAUUGAAGAUCUUGGGUUACGCAGUGCUCUGUUUCUCUGCUGCUUUUUUUUCUUUUCCCCAGAAAAUGCCGUGAUACAGAAGAGGGUUCUGGGUUUUUGGUGGUCGGAGAAGGGUUUCAGACUCGUAGUUUGGUUCUUGAAAGUGGUCAUGGCCAAAGGCCUAGUCGAGUCUGUUUUCAAAAAAUAAUGGCCCAGCGCUGUGAGCUGCAAGAUGCAACCAUCCGUUAAGAGGCUAAAAGAAAAACGAGUAAGUGUGAAGAACCAGAGAAUCAAAUCAACAGGACCCAGGCGCAUAAAGGGGCUUAAGAGGACACGCACUGAAAUAUAUUUGAAAUAUUUUAGGGGUUUUUAAUUUUCAUUCUUCAUCUCCAACAAGUCUCUACUUUUCUUUGAAUUUGGAUGACCUUUUUUUCCCCCUGCACUAAGCAAAAAUGGAAGCUCAGAUUCAAAAUUCUCACUUAUGAUAGCUCUUCUCCAUAAAUCAUUUUUCAUAUUCUAGCUUGCUAUUUGGGGGCUUUGGUUUUGCAUUUGAUGGUUGUAAAAAAAGGAGUUUUGGUGCUGAUAAUAUAAUGACAAGCCAGUGAUAAAUCCAACAUGGAAAAGAUAUGUCCGAUCAUUUUACUCAUUUAAUUGCAUCUCUUUUUCUUUUGAGAACUAGGCUCAGCUACAAAUACCUCAACAUUUGGUAUAGAAAAUGGUAUAAUUGGUACACUUGUCUAGCUGUAGUUGGUCACUUGGAAGAGGUUUCAUACUCAUUCACAAAUCAUAUGAUACCUUAUUUGUUUUAGUCCAAGUUAAGGUCAGUCAAGUUUCAUGCCAAAACACUCGAGUUAAAUAUGAUGCUUUAUCUAAUAAAAGAUCUCAAUCUUGGCAUAGUAAAAGGUUUGAGAGGAUGAGGGGUUUGUUGCCGUAAUCAAAGGUUGAAGAGGAAGCCUCCUAACACUCUUGGACCAAUUGUCUCAAACAUUUGAGGCUGCCUUUUUUUUUUUUUUUUUAUUCCCCCUUCCAUUGAUGAAGAAUGGCUCAAUCAUUGUCUCAUUUUAAGGCUGCGAUUGAAGGAGGAGGAUUUUGAAACCUUGAUUAAUUAUCCAUUGAAGGGAGAUGAAGUUGUGUGUUUUUCACUAGAUUGUUGCUUACAUUUCUUUUGAAAAUUGGUGUCGGAGUUGAUUACCCAUCAUUGGAAGCUUCCAUGUGAAGAAAAUGCCUGUUGAUAAAAAUUGGAUGACUGGGAACAAUCGUCUAUCAAGAGAAUAUAGAACAGGAGUCAAAAAGUUUAUUGAAUUUGCCAAGGGUCAUGUCAUUCAUGAAGGACAAAUAAGAUGUCCAUGCAUGAAAUGCCUCAAUCAAAAAUUCCAGAUUCCGAAAGCAGUUGAAAUGCAUUUAUUUCAGAAUGGUAUCCAAUCGUCUUACACAUUGUGGUCAUUUCACGGAGAGUCAUUCCAUAAUCCACUUGUUGAUUAUUCAGAAGAUGAUGAUGACAAUGAGGAUGAUGAGAUGGCUGGUGUGUUAAUUGAUUUAGCUAGACAUGGUGGAGACAAUCAUGGAUCAGGUAUAGACCAAAGUACCACUAGGAAGAGGAAAACCAGAGCAGAGUCCCGAAGUGUGGUUGUUGAGAAGAUGCUUCGGAAGCAAAAGAUUGACAAGUUGAUAGUGAAGUUUGAUCCUCACACUGGGAAGAGUUUGGAGAAGAGUGGGAAGACAUUCAACAAUAUGAUUGCCCAAUUAGUUCGAAGCACAUUUUCACCACGGUUUACACGCUGGGAAGAUGUACCAAAAGCUGAUAUUGAGACUAUAUAUUCUCGGCUGGAUUUAAAGUUUGUUUAUCCACAUGACAAUAAAAUCGUCAUGGAUGAAAUAGAGAGAUUGCAAAUGAAGGCUUUUCGAGAAUGGCGGUAUGAGAUGAAAUGUUAUUGGAAAAAGUUAGGAGGAGAGAAGAAUGCUGAAGCCCCAAAGAGCACUCCAUACAAGCGCAUUGCUCCUGAAGAUUGGAACAUUCUUUGUGAUUUUUUUAGUUCUGAGGACCAGAAGAAAAUUUCAUCUCAAAAUUCCCAAAAUCGAAAACGAAGACCAUUUGAAGGGGGGCAUGGCUCUAAGACGAUUGUGUCUCAUGUCUACGAUGGAGCUGAUCCUUUAACUGGUAAACUACCUAGUGUUAUUGAUACUUUUCAACAACUUCAUUGUAAACCAAAAAAGGGAUGGAGGAACGAGUAUGCUGCAGAGAAAUACGAUGCUAUGACACUAAUAAGAGAUUCUCAACCAGCAGCAGCCACCGGCGAGUCUGCUGGAUCUACUGAAUAUGGUGAAGAGGUGGCUCAGCCGAAAGAUUUAGAGAUUAUGACAGAAGUGUUGGGACCCCGAUCUCGUUAUCACAAGGGAUAUGGGUCAAUGCCUAGGCUUAAAGCGAUCGGAGGUAAUCGAGCAAUGAACGUGAGAAGCAUUAUCCAGGAGCGUGAGAAGGACACAGCCAUCACGGUUCUCAGAGAACAAGUUGCUAUUCAAGGAGAACAACUGGCUACUCAACAAGCUAUGUUGGCAUCUCAACAAGCAAUGUUUGCUCAGCUGGCUAGUCAGAUGCAACAAUUGGUACCGGGCUUUCAAUUUCAGCCGCAAGCAUUACCUACAAGCGCCACUUCCGGGCAGAGUCCCAGCCACACUCACACUCACACUCAAUCGCCAAGCCAAGAUCCUUCUACUAUCUAGAUGCAACUCUUUUUUUUUUUUUUAAAAAAAAAUAAACUUUCAAGAGUGUAUUUUACUUUAGAUUAUUUAGUAAAUAUAAGUUGAAUCUUAAAUCUAUCAAUUUGUUUUUACAAAAAUUCAACCUUUACCAACACUUUCUACCCAUUGGCAACAAUUUAUUUAAUAGCUAAUUAAAUUUAUUAUA